AUGCUCAAAGUCCUGCUCUUCGAGCCUUUUGGCGAGUUGAGCGCAGUGAUUUUGAACUGUGACGAAGAGACCAAGAAGCACCGCGGUGUUGGUUUCGUGGUGAUUUCGAGCAAUGAAGAGGCGCAAAAGGCCAUUGAGACAUUGAACGGACAGGAAGUUGAAGGGAAGCCAAUGAACGUGAUGCUUUCUGAGAGGAGGAGAAGAAGAGGUGAACGCUCCGAUAUAAAUGGAAAGGGUGGAAAAGCUGGCAAAGGUGAUGGGAAAGGAAAAGGUAGAGGAAAAGGAGGCAAGGGACCAAAGGGAGGCCAACAAGUCAUGCCGGUGCCUGGAAUAUUUCCUGGUGGGGUCGGAAUGAUGCCGCCGAACAUGCGACCGAUGAUGCCCAUGCGUCCGCCGAUGGCCGCGGGAUUUCCGGGGAUGCCAGCGAUGCCCAUGGCUAUGCCGGCGAUGCCAGUCGGACCACGAGGGAUGCCUUUGUUACCCCAGGGCCUGCCAUUUCCAGCAGCUAGACCAAUGAUGCCGAAUCCAAUGAUGCGGCCCUUGAACUCGCAAGCCCUUGACGCUUGGAUCGCUUGGUGUUGUGCUGGGUUGAACAAGACCUUGACGGUCGAAACCGGUUCUCGUGAUAGCGGCUCUGUGGUGAAAUAG